AUGACCGAUUUUGAUGGGGUAAGUUAGCAAAACUCGAUUAAUGUGCUAUAAAUAAUGUAUUUAGAACCCGACUUCGUUGUAUAGUGUGAAAGGAAUCGUGAUUUUGGACCAGGAUGGCAAUCGAAUCAUUGCCAAGUAUUAUGACCACCAAAAUUUUGGAUCGGUGAAGGAGCAGAAAGCUUUUGAGAAGAAUAUGUUCUCUAAAACAAGCAGAAACACAUCGUGUAAGUUUUUUCCGCAAAAAAAUCUGAAAUUAUCGAUUUUUCCAGCCGAAAUCUUGUUGCUCGAUGGAGUAACAUGUAUUUAUCGCACCAACGUCGACUUAUAUUUUUAUGUCUUGGGAAGCACACGUGAAAAUGAGCUGAUUUUGGAGAGUGUUCUCACUUGCUUGUAUGAUUCGGUUUCCACGGUUUUGCGCAAAAAUGUCGAGAAAAAGGCUUUGAUUGAUGCGAUGGACACCGCAAUGCUCAUUAUUGAUGAGAUUUGUGAUGAGGGGUAGGUUUUUGAUGGGUUUUGGGAUGUUGGGGAGGAAAAAUGCGGAAUUUUGACACCAAACAUGCAUAUUUUGGGUCUUUUGGAGUACUGUAGAUUUUUGGCGCGAAAAAAUGCUUCUAGACCCAAAAUUCUUGGGUCUCUUGGCGAUUUUUCCCGCCAAAAAUCUACAGUACUUCAAGAAUUCGUGUCGAGACCGAAUUUAGGCUCAAAAUGACGGAAAUACCGUAUUUUUGAAAAUUUAAAGGAACAUGGCCUUAUUUAAACCCAAAAUUGGAAAUUUUUGAGUCUUGGGCCGAAAUUCAGGUAGAUUUUCGGAGUACUGUAGAUUUUUGGCGGGAAAAAUCUACAGUACUUCAAAACAUCGUGUCGAGACCGAAUUUAGGCUCAAAAUGACGGGAAUACCGUAUUUUCAUAAUUUAAAGGAACAUAGCCAUAUUUAUAUUCAAAAAUACCGUAUUUUUGAAAGUUUAAAGGAACAUAGCCUUCUUUUAGCUCAAAAAUACCGUAAUCUCGUGUCGAGACCCAAUUUAAAGGAACAUAACCAUAUUUAUAUUCAAAAAACCGCAGAUUCAGACUUAGCCUAACUCCAGGCUUGUUUAGACUCAAAAAACUCGCUUUUUCAAAAAUUUAAAGGAACAUAGUCAUAUUUAUAUUCAAAAAUACCGUAUUUUUGAAAAUUUAAAGGAACAUGGCCUUAUUUAGACUCAAAAACACCGUAUUUUCGAAAAUUUAAAGGAACAUAGUCAUAUUUAUAUUCAAAAAACCGCAAAUUCAGACUUAGCCUAACUCCAGGCUUGUUUAGACUCAAAAAAUGCGCAUUUUCUUACAGAAUCAUCCUCGAAACCGAUGCUCCAUCAAUUGUGAGCCGAUGCGCCUUGAAAUCCGAUGAAGUCUCCUUCUCCGACCAAUCUUUCUCGUCUGUUGGAAUGUCGUUCAUCGAAAGUGCCAACAAGCAAUUCAAAUGGUCGCUUUUGAAGUAA